GAAUCACGUGGCACGAUUAAAUCUCCCAGCUCAGAAACAGGUUGGCAUGGCGUUAUUAGCGAAGUUUGCCAACGGUUCGAAACUAUGUCUUUUGAGACUAUGCAGUGCUGGCAAGACGUAUUAUGCCUACUAAACCCCCUUGUGUCUCCCAACUAUAAAACCCACAGUAAUUACUACAUAAUGGUAACAGAUGUGUACCAAAAAUGCCCAAUAAUGGAAAAACAAUCAGAUAGCUUGAUCAUCCCAGAGUUGAGUUGGUUAGAUUUUAAGCGGUUAAAUUGGUGCGAGGAAGUCCUUGUCCCUGGUUCAAUCUUUUGA